GAAAACUCCUCCUUAACCUGAUGGACCACACAGAAGUUGUCAGAGAUUUAACCUUUGCCCCUGAUGGCAGCCUGAUUCUUGUGUCUGCAUCCAGAGACAAAACCCUGCGAGUGUGGGACCUGAAAGAUGAUGGAAACAUGAUGAAGGUGCUGAGAGGCCAUCCGAACUGGGUGUAUGGCUGUGCAUUCUCUCCAGACUCCUCCAUCCUCUGUUCUGUUGGAGCUAGUAAAGCAGUUUUCCUCUGGGAUAUGGAUAAAUACUCCAUGCUACGGAAACUGGAAGGCCAUCACAAUGAUGUUGUAGCUUGUGAGUUCUCUCCUGACGGAGCGUUACUGGCUACUGCAUCUUACGAUACUCGAGUCUAUCUCUGGGAUCCACAUAUUGGAGUGAUCCUUAGGGAAUUUGGAAUGGUGAGGUUCUGGAGAAUUGAUGAAGAAUACCCCGUACAAGUUGCACCUCUGAACAAUGGACUCUGCUGUACUUUCUCUACUGAUGGCAGUGUUCUGGCUGCAGGGACCCAGGAUGGCAGCCUGUUCUUCUGGGCGACCCCGAGCCAGGUGUCCAGCCUGCAGCACCUGUGCCGCAUGGCCAUCCGCAGGGUGAUGCCCACCAGCCAGGUCAAGAACUUGCCUAUCCCGGGCAAAGUGGUGGAGUUCCUUUGUUACCAGAUCUGAGUUAUUUGAGAAGAAAACAAGCAAAUGAAACCAACAACUGGGAGGUGGCCCAGCUGCUGAAACUGGCUACAAACACUUUACAGAAUCCUCAAACUGUACAGCCUUUAAGCUUAAAACUCUACAGGUUUUCAAGAGCUAUUUAAAGUGAUAACCUAAAUACUAUUUUAUCAAAAUGCCUGACAGGUAAUUUUUUUUACUAUUUAUAGACAACACAGUAGAAGUAUUCUGAUGUUCUCAAUUUUCUAAAAUGUAACUGUGAAAACAUGUACAUAUAUAGACAUAAGCUGCUACAUGUUAUCAGUGUACCUUUAAAAAUUGCUUGUAUGAUUUUUCGUGUGUCUCAUGUAUAUAUUGCUUUGGUAGAGCCAUGAUGCAUCUGAGCUGUAAGUGGAAGGACAGCUGUUCUGGCACACUGAGGUAGGAAAACUAUUGACUUACACAGCAGUUAAGCUUCCUUCUGUACGUUGGUUGGGGUGCAGAAAGCUGCCCCCAGGUGAGACUUUGUGCUAGUUUAUUUGUGAGAGAUACAGCUUUGUAGAGAGCAGUGUGUGGGGAAGGGCAGGAGGUUAAUAGGGGUGCAGUGUACCUGAUGUAACCCAGGACCAUGCCUGAGUCAGCUGAAGGCCUUAUGCUCCAUAGCAGCAAACCAGGUGAAAUUUCAGUAUUGGGCAGUGUUAGAGAACUAUUUCCUUACAUUUCUGAAAAUCUGACUACUGUAUUUUUGCCUGAUACUGUGUCUGUAAUGAGAGACAUUUGCAGACUCAGUUUAUUAUCCUUUAACCCUAUAAUAUCUGUUUGGGGGUGAUUAUUGGUUAAUGGCCAAAGAUAAGCAAAAUACUUGGUUUUGCCUUCUGUUAUUUAUCUGUACCUGCAGAUAUAAAGAAUGUAUGCAUUGCAUAAAAUGCCUGAUUAUAUAUAUUUUUGUUGAAUUUUGUAUUAAAAACUUGUACAAAAGUUU